UGAAAGCGUCCUUAGGCGACGCCACUAUGAGAUCCGGCUGGGCGGCUCAGAAGCGGCGGCUGCGGGCCGAACAGGGCGACGUGGCCACCAAGAGGACCUGCGGGCAGGGCGCCGGGAUGGUCAAUUUCUGUCCACAAUGUGGACAGAAAGUUGAGGAAAUGUUUCACUUCUGUCCGGCCUGUGGAGGCCGGCUUCCGGUUCCAGAAGAAGAGCCCAUGCAGAUCACUCCAUCUCCUUCUUUAAAAGAAUUAAACCAGGGCAUCCAGGUUGAGCUUCCGCUCUUGCCUCAGAAGAAAAAGGUGGAGAUAGUUUUUCCGAAAAAGGAAAUGUCUUCAACUUUUGUCAAAGCUUCUCCCAAGAGCUCAGUGGCAUCCGUUUCUCCAAAGGCAAAAGGAAAGGCGGCUUUCCGCUCGCCGAAGAAGGAAAGGUGUCCUUGCGUGGAGCCUCUCCCGGAGGGUGAAAUCUUGACAGACCUGAACGAUAAAAAGUGGAGGAUUUCGAAGCUUCUGAGCCAGUCGGAUCGUGGGCUGAUCUAUGAAGCCAAAUUAACGUCGGAACGCUCACCAAAGCACAAAUACACCCUCAAACUGGAUGCUAAAGAGGGAAAGCUGUUUAACGAACAGAACUUUCUACAGAGAGCUGCUAAGAAAGUCGCAGUGGAGAAGUGGAAGAAGCAAUACUUAAUGCCGUUCCUGGGGGUACCUGAAUGUGUUGGUUUUGGCGUCCAUGAGAACAGCUACAGGUUCCUGGUCUUUCCCGAAUUGGGUCGAUCUCUUCAGUCAGUCCUGGACGACAACAAAAACCAGAUGACGGAGAAAGCUGUAUUGCAGUUUGCAGUCAGGCUGCUUGACGUUCUGGAAUAUCUUCAUGAAAAUGAGUAUACUCACGGGGAUCUGGCUGCUGAAAACAUAUAUGUGAAUCCGGCUGAUCUCACUGUGGUUACUUUAGCAGAUUUCAGCUUCGCCUUCCGAUACAGCCCUGGAGGGAAACACGUGCCGCAGAGGGAAUGCAGUCGGACUCCUCACGAAGGCACCUUGGAGUUCAUCAGCCUGGACAGCCACAGGGGAGCUGCUCCGUCCCGUCGAAGUGACCUUGAAUCCUUGGGUUACUGCCUGGUAAAGUGGCUGUGGGGUGCCCUUCCCUGGUCUGCAGACCUGACAGAUCCCUGCGUGGUCACAGACGAAAAAGAGAGGUACAAAGUGGAUAUUAUCAAAAAUCCAAGACUGUCCUCUGGCUGGGGAGCCUUACCAGAAUCCAUACAGAAAUACCUGCAACAAGUAAUGACUUUGGAAUAUGAAGAAAAACCAAACUACGAAGAACUGCGAAUGUUAUUUACGAGGCCUCUUCAGCUGAUGAGAGCAUCGGCCUAUGACUCAGUGGACCUCAGAGUAGCACCCUAGCUUUCAGAAAAAAACUGAAUAAGAAGAGAAAUGAAGAACAAGAAUGAGCUUUACGGGUCUUGAAAAAUGCACUUAAGAGUCGAACUCACUGGAAUGUCUUCACAUUGGAACAGUUGGCAACGUGGUUUGUGUGUGUGUUUGCUUUUUAUUUUCAAUUUUUAAUAGAGAGGGAAAGUGGUUUUCUUGGAAAUGCUGUUAGGGUUUUGCUGUGACCUAUAGCAAGCUAAAGAUUUAUCCAGGGACAUAAUUUAAUUUAAUGCAUUCUGCCAAGUCUUCCUUUGAUAAAUGAUUACUUACACAUUUAAUUUAUAAAGAGUUGUUGUCCAAAUGUUCAACUCAAACCCUGAACCUUUAAAAAAAGGGAGGGAAGGGGAGAAGGAUUGUAAAUAUGUUAAUUUUGUUUUUAAUCUUGCUUUUAGUGUCUUGAAAAGUUCAUCUUAUUCUAUUGCAUAAAUAUUUUAUUCUAUUAUUUUAUCUCUAGUUUAAAGGGUGCUUUGUCAGGCAGAAGGACUGAGAAAAAGGUUUUAAUCUUUUUAACGUGUGCUUUGUUGAUUUUGUAGUAAAAAGUUGUACGGU